CACAACGCGUCUUCCUGAAAGAACGCUGUUGGGAAUAUAAUGGUCGUCUAUAUUGCCAACGCGUCUUUGGAAAAAGUUUGUGCAUGCUGCCACUGCCAGCUAGCCACAUGGUUUCCAAUAGCCUCGCUAGCACUUGAUGAGUUCUUCCCCAAACCCGUGUAAGUCAACGGAAAUCAAAUUGCCGGUUGCUAGCUUCAGCAAUCAGCGAUUCAGCAUGGAUGGUGGCAGUGGCGGCACAGCCGCUGGUAUGCUGGAUCAUACCUCGGAUUCCCCAUCCAGCAGCAGGCUUCGAUGUCGUGUGUCUCUCUCGGCGCCCAAGCCUGUGUGUCUCUUGGCGCCCAAGCCGUCGUCGUUCGACGCAAGAAACACCAACAACGACCUCGCUCUAGCUAUGGCUGCACCGCCGCCACUCCUUAGUUUUGAUCCGUCCUCUUCCGCCAACCACAAGCAGACGACCGGCACCGGCUUCAGCUCCAACACAGUUGUUAGCAGCUCCUCAUCAGGUACCAUAGUCUCGACCACCAACACAUCUAGAUCUAGCGGCUCUAGCCUGUACUUGUACUUGUUCGAUGACGACGACGACGGUACACGUACCCUCAACAAGCCCCAUGAAGAAACGGAGAAGAAGCGGAUGAACAACAUCAAGAGCCUUGUCCAGGAAUUCUUUGGUGCGUCGUCGUCGUCGUCAGCGAAUUGCACAGCUGACGGUGGGGACAUGAGUGUCCUGGAGAGGUGGUUCACAGAGCUGGGCAUCGACUGGGUGCUCCACAUCUCUGAUGUUGAUGCAUCUAUAGCCGUGAUACGGCCCGACUAUACUUUGGAUCCACGAAGCUGGAUCCGGGCUCUCAACCAAAUCAUGGAAACCAUCCGUCUCACCUCGUCAUUCUUUUCUGGCCGUGGAUUUGUGGGCAUGCCUAGUAUUUGGGAGGAGGAGGAGGAGGAGGAGGAGGAGGAGGAGGAGGACGAAGAAGAAGAAGAAGAAGAAGAAGAAGAAGAAGAAGAAGAAGAAGAAGAAGAAGAAGAAGAAGAAGAAGAAGAGUGGUUUUUCCGAAAAUCGGAAAGAGAGUUAUCGAAUUCCAGAAAAAAACAAAUACAGAAACAAGAAAAGGCAGAGGAGGUUGAGAGCUGCAUUCCAGAUCAGUUUCAGUUUGCACGGUUUAUCCAAGAAACCAUGCUGAGAAUGCUUGCUUUUGUUGAUUUCCUAGUUGCUCUGGAUCCUAAUACCAUUUGUGAAUUUUCUGUUGCCAAUGGCAGUGGGGUGCCAGCACCAGCACUAUACCAGAAGAUCAGUAUCUUGCUGCGUGUGCUCGACGCUCUGUCCAAUGCCUGUUUCGAGGUCGAGGUGCUACUCCUUUCGAUGCCCUCAGAAAUCGAAGAGGUUAAACGGAUUCGGGGUGAGAUAAUCAACCUCUUGUAUGCCAAGGACAAUAAGGCGACUGAGGCCGUAUGGGGCACAAUGGAGGAGAUCUGGGCUCUGAUCAUGGACUCCAUGGAGGAGGACGGCCAAGACUCCGUGAUGACUACGCAGGGAUCGUCGGACAUUCACAAGCUCACUCUGUCUGUAACCGACCACAUCAGGUACCUGUGGGCUAACUACUGGUCAGUGACCUCAGUUGUGUUCUGCCUUGGUAAUGGUAAGCAGCAUGUCACUGAGACUGCUGGGAACACUAUCACUAAUCCUUUAGCCAAUCUGACAACUGAGAUGGUCUCCUGUCUAGAUGAAAAACUUGCCGAAAUGUCCCAAUCCUUCGCAGACCAGGGCAUCAAAUACCUAUUCUUGAUCAACAACUCAACCUACAUACUGCAGGAACUUCAAACUACAUACGGCAGCAACUUCUUGCAUUCAUACUUCGCAGCCCUUGAUCGCAGAAUCGAGGACUACAUACAGGCCUAUCUAAAACUGUGUUGGGUACCGGUGUUGUCAGAAAAUCUGUACCACCCAAAAGUUGUGGAAGGUCCCGGAUCCUGAGCUGAGAAAAACAAUGCGCGAUGCUAUCACUACGAAAAUCAUUCCAGGCUAUACAAGAUACAUCGAGGACAAUGAAGUUUCCACCAUAAAACUCACUCCCCAGAACCUGGAAGAGAUGUUGCAAGAGCUGUUUGAAGGAUGAGCACCACAAAAGACAAGUUAGCGUAGAUACAUUUAGUUAUAUUUCCUCCUAUGUUAGUUUCGGUGUGAAAUGUGAACAUUGUUGGCUAUUGCUUCAAAUUUGAACAUUAUUUGGCAUGCAUACUCGUGGCUGGCGUCUGGUCCGGUGAGAAGGUUCGCUCCGGCCUUGUUUGCAGCAGUGUCCAGGCGCACUCACAAGUCACAGGAGAAGAGUUAGUGAGGGCAUCAGCAUCGCGCAAAGAAAAGAUAUCUGCCACUGAUUAGUUUAUGGCUAGAGCAACUUGUGUAAUCUUGUUUAUUUUCUUUGUCUCUUUUUUUUUUGUCUCGUAGAAACUUUUUUCUCCUUUGCUGUUCACUCUGUUUUUCUCC